AUGUUUUCUAGAGUUAAAGAUCAAGAUGAAGAAUAUGAAAUGGUAGAAGCCUUGGGGCCACGCCAACAAUCUUCAAAUGAAUCAAUGUCAACACCUGCAUCAUCUAGAAGCUCAACAGAUUCAACAAUAUCUAAUGUAUUUGAAGACAUUGAAUAUAAUGCAAUUGGUAAAGAGAAUUUCAAUCUUGAUCCAAUUUAUCAGACAAUUUACGACAGAUAUAAAAAGCAACCAUUCAAUUCAAAAUUGUGUGGAAUAUUUGCAUUAUUACUGGUUAUACUAUGGGUUGCUGGAGUGUUGGUAUAUUCUAAAUCAUCACCUCAUGAAUUAUUAUCAAUUCUAAAUUGGCAGACCAAUGUCAAUUUUAAUGGUCAAAAUAUAACUUUAAAUGCUUAUAAUCCUAAUUUUGCAAAUCUAAGUCUACAUCUGAUUAUGGAGGGACGAUAUCAACCUGAUAUCAAGAUGAUACGAUGGUUAAAUAAAGAGCAAUAUCCAAAAGGUGCUGAAGAUGGUGGUUAUUAUUUAGCUUAUGAAGACGAACAAUACAAAAUUCAGCAACUUGAUACAAAUUUUGAAGAUGUUUUCAUUAAUGUUAGACGAUUUAUGUACCAAAAUGAUUUUUUCAAUCUCGAAAACAUAAUUUUAAAUCCAUCAAAAUCAGUUGAAGAAUUAAAUAAUCAUCAUAUAAUUAUUACAGACAGUAUCACACAAUGGAGACACCUGAAAUUCUCAUUAUACUGGAUUUACAACCCUAUUACAUCAACUUAUAAACCUAUACAACCUCCUAAAAAUGAAGAGAAAUUGGAGCAUGCAAAACCUUUUGAAACUGAAGUUCUAGAUAAGUUACAUUUUGCUGAGUUUUCACCAAGUGGGAAUUACAUUGUAUUUGGAUUUGAACAUAAUUUAUUUUUACUUGAUUUGAAAUCAGAUAAACUUACUCAAAUAACAAAUGAUGGAAGUUCUAAUAUUUUCAAUGGGAAGCCAGAUUGGGUGUAUGAAGAGGAAGUAAUGCCUACUGAUAAAUCAAUAUGGUGGUCUCCCGAUGAGAAAUAUAUGAUAUUUACAAAAAUUAAUGAUACAAAAGUCGAAGAAUUUGAAUUGGAGUAUUACAUUAAGACAAAUACUGAAAUAGGUACACUUUAUGAACAAUCAAAUGAAGAAAAAUUCCAAUCUGUCAAUCAAUAUCCCAUUAAAACAUCAAUAAAAUAUCCUAAACCAGGUUUAAAUAAUCCUAUAAUAUCACUACAUGCAUUUAAUUUAGAAAAUCAGUUACUUGAAGAUAUUAAAGAUAGUGAUAAAAGUUUGGGUGACGACUAUAUAAUGUAUCAAGGUACUUGGUUAGACAAUUCAAAUUUUUUAAUUAAAGAAACAGAUAGGACAAGCUCAGUAUUAUCGAAGAAAAUUUAUCAACCAGGUCAAAAAGUUAAAGUUCUUAAUUCAAUUAAUGUGACUAAUGAAUACGGUGGCUGGGUUGAAAAGAUGAAAGCAAUUUGUGUGCUUGAAGAUGGAAAAUAUAUUGAUAUUAUAGUUAAAGAUUAUAAAGUUCAAUUGGCAUUAUUUGAUAAUCCAUCAGCAAUUGAACCAAGUAAAAUCUUAGCUGCAGAUGUUAGAAAUGAAGCUACUUAUGAUAAAAUUGGGAAUUUCAUUUACUUUCAAAGUAGUUCCAAAAGUUCAAUGGAGUCACAUCUUGUUGCUAUUAAUUUAUCAAAUUAUGAAAUAUUUAAUUUAACUGAUUUAGAAGCUGGUUAUUAUGAAACUCAAUUUUCGAAGGAUGCACAAUAUUUGAAUUUGAUUUAUGAAGGUCCAAAUCAGCCAUAUCAAAAACUAAUCAAUGUAGCUAGUAUAAGUCAUCAUUUAAAAUCAGGUCACCUUGAUGAAGUUAAGGACAUAAUAAAAAACUCACCAAUUAUCAACAACGUUGAUUAUCUAUCUACCAAAGUUAAAAAUACAAAUCUACCAACUGUAUUAUAUGAAGAAGUUAAAAUUGAAAAAGAUAAUAUAUUUAAUAAUGUUAAGGUAAUACUACCUCCUAAUUUCAAUCCAGAAAAAAAAUACCCUUUAUUAGUUCAUUCUUAUGGUGGUCCAGGCUCACAAACAGUUAAGCAAACCUUUUCAAUUGAUUUUGUAAAUAGUGUAAGCGCCAAUUUGAAUACAAUAGUUUUAGUCAUUGAACCUAGAGGUACUGAAAAAGAUUGGAAAUAUAAAUCAUUUGCAAAUAAUAAAAUAGGAUAUUGGGAACCAAGAGAUAUAACAUUGAUUACAUCAGAAUUUAUAUCGAAGCAUAAAUUUGUAUCCAAAGAUAAAGUUGCAAUUUGGGGUUGGUCAUAUGGUGGUUUCACAACUUUGAAGACAUUAGAAUAUGAUAAAGGCAAGACAUUUAAGUAUGGAUUGGCAGUUGCUCCAGUUACAAAUUGGUUAUUUUAUGAUUCUAUAUAUACUGAAAGGUACAUGAACAAACCAAACGAUAAUCCUAAUUAUAAACAAUUUGCAAGAAUAAAUGAUAUUGAAAGUUUCAAAUCAAUUAAACGGUUUUUAAUUAUGACUGGUUCAGCUGAUGAUAAUGUAAAUUUUCAAAAUACUAUGUGGUUAAUUAAUAAAUUCAAUUUAAAUAAUGUUGAAAAUUACGAUAUGAUGAUCUUUCCAGAUAGUGAUCAUGGAAUAUAUUAUAAUAAUGCAGAUAUAAUAAUUUAUGACAAAUUAUUCAAUUGGUUACAUAAUGCUUUUAAUGGGAAAUUUGUAAAUGGGUUUUUAUAG